AUUCCCAUCCCUCUUACCAGUGCCCUGCCUUUCCUUUCUUAACCGACAAAUUUUCAGAUUUAAGUGAAGCCAAACAUGUCAGAUGUUACUUCUUAAAGCUUUUUAGAUAAACCUGACUGAUAGACAGAAGAGCAGAGGCCAAAGUUCAACUUCAGUAAGUUGCAACCAGCUGUGCCUGUUGUGUCACAUAAUCACGUAUUAAGCAGAAUGUCUCCUGUUAGGUUUGUGGUUUCAUCAAUAUGUUCAUCAUGGCUGCAGAGAGACAUGAAACCAUCGUAACCAUGCUGAGCUGUGGUUCAUCCUGUAGCGCUAAUCUAUAAUGUUUACAGUCUGUCUUCUUCACUGACUGAGUGAAGUCAGAGAUCAGCAGCAGAUCAAAUCAUGCAGCAGGUAGUUUGGAUCAGUGUGGUUCUGCUGAAUGUCGUCUGGAUCUCCUUCUUCUUAACUCCAGAUCUGGACUUCUCAGUGUUUGUGCAGAGGAGAAGCAUCAGCAGCUCUGAUGAGACGUUCAUGAUGGAGUUCUGCCUUCAGCCAGACUCUGACAGGAAGUGGACAUCAGCUGGACCUUCAGUCAGCGGUCCAGAUGGAGACAUCAGCACCGUCACAGAACGUCCUGUGAAUAGAAAGAAAACUCAACAUGAAGAAUCCAACUCAGGUGACAAGUUUCCAACAUCUGCAGCUCCUGAUCCUGAUCAGAUUGAUUUGAAUGGACCGACUGUAUCUACUGAUGAACAGAGACUGACUUCACCACCAGAGUUCAGCUCCAGCUCUGAAGCUGAUCCUGUUACAAAGAUUCCAACAACUACUAGAAAUCAGAAGGUCACCAUCAACCGACCCAGACAGCACAAAAUCACCCUCAGUCCACUCAGUCCAGGACCAGGAAUGAAUGGGAAGAAAACACAAACUCCAAAAUCCAGCCCUGAUGACAAGUUUCCAACAUCUGCAGCUCCUGAUCCUGAUGAAAUCAGCUUGGCUGAACCGACUGUAUCUGUUCAUGAACAGAGACUGACUUCACCAGCAGGAUUGAACUCCAGCUCUAAUCUUGUUACAAAGAUUCAAACAACUCCCAGAAAUCAGAGGAUGGACAUCAGCCGACCCGUCCAGCAGGAACUACUCCCUACUGUCAGACAAAUGAGUCUAGCGUUUCCUGAUGACUGCUGCUUUGUGUUAAUGAAAGGACCAGUGAAUGAGAAGCUUAUCGCUUCAUUUGAGGUGACUGAUUCCUGCUGCCCCAUGAAUGCAGCCAUUUUGAUAACAAAAAAGGCACAACAUCUCUGCGUGGAUCCAAAGGAACCCUGGGUGAAAAGGAUUAUUGAUUUUCUGCAGACAAGGGAUUUGGAUGGACCGACUCUGUCCACUCAGUCUGAGGUCAGCUCAUCCCCGAUGCUGAGGCAUCACUCUGACGUUAACCUCGCUUUGAAGAUUCCAACAACUCCACGACAUCAGAAGGUCAACACCACCCUCAGUCCACUCGGCACAGAGCCAGAAAAUGGAACUGGUCCGAUUGAGUGCUGCUUCCAGGUUUGCAAAAACCCAGUCGACAUAAGAGAGAUCGCUUCGUUUCACAUGACUGAUCCUCUGUGCCCCACAAGUGCAGCUGUUUUAAUAACAAAAACAGCGAAACACCUCUGUGCGGAUCCAGAGGAACAAUGGGUGAAGACGAUUAUUAAUUUUCUAGAGAAAAAGGCCCCAUAGAGGAACGUCACCAUGUCCUGCUUUAUCAGAUCAUGUGAAGAACAUUUAAAGUGAUCAUGAUUUUGGUAUCAGAAUAAUCUGGUCCAAGCAAUCAAAGAUUUUGUUUUAAAGUUAAAAUAAUUGUUUAUUUGUCUAAAAAAAUGUUUUGUAAAUUUUGUACAACUAUCCUAGAGCAGGGAUUGUAACCAGAUGAGUUUUAUCCACGAAUGAAAAAAU